AUGGAAGUUUCUGCGCAGAAUAUUGUCAAAUGCGAUGAAGAGAAAGCAUUGAAGUGCUUGCUUGAUGCAUUUGGCUCUGUGUUUUCUCUUGAAGAGAUAGCUUCUGCGUAUUGCAAGGCUAGCAGGAAUGCUGACUUGGCUGGGGAAAUUUUGUUUGAAAUGCAGGGAAGCUCCUUAGGAUCAUCUUCAACCCUUGAUUCAUCCAAUGCAGAUGUCAGGACUGGAGGGUCUUCUGAAUCAUCAGAUGGGUAUUCCCUUGAGAAUUCAUUCCAAGAAAGGAGAACUUCAAGACCCAAAGUUCGCCCGGUUUCGGCUGGUACUGUUUCAAGCAUUAUUGCCAAGGAUUAUGUUAGGCCUGCCCCAUCAGCAAGUGGGUCUUUUGGGAUGACGAAACCAACUAAGUUGGAUGCAAAGUCGCUGCCAAUUACCGGAAUCUGGCGUGAAAAAAAAAAGCCAGAUGUUUCGUGUUUGAAACAUAAUCAACUUCACCAGGACAUGGAAGAUUUCUUAUUUAAAAUGCUGGGUGAUGGCUUUCAGCUUGACAGAAAUAUGAUACGGCAAGUUCUUGAUACUUGUGGGUAUGAUAUGCAGAAGAGCUUGGCGAAACUACUAGAUCAAUCAAAUAUUGCUUCGGGCAAAAGGGCAGCUGUUGAUGGUGGUUCAGCGGGUAGAGUAAGUACACAUGCCAAGCUUAUUUAUUAUUUUACAGAUAUGAAACCUAAAUCUAAAGUGGCUUCAUCUGAAAGAAAGUCUCCGGAUUUAAAUUAUCACAGAGGUGAUGGAAACAUAGCUCCAACUAAAGGAACGGAAUUAGCUCAACAACAUAAACAAAAACAUGACCUUCAGAAAGAAGUAUUGUCUUCUUUGUUUAGUUAUCAUGGGCAUUCUGAGGAGGAGGCUCCUAAAAGAAUUGUGAAGGAUUUGAAUAUGAAAUCACGAUUCCGGCAUGUAGUAUUUGAACCUCCCAAAGACUCCCCGGAAGAACUCAACAUUGACAUGGACUUCUCACAACCAAAAGAUGUAGACGAUCCAAAGGACGAGGAAGAGUACAAGAAUGUACGUAGAGCUGUAAAGGAGUACCGAGUGGCAAUGAAUGAAUAUUAUAAAGCAGCAGUAGAUGCAUUUGCAAAGGGGGAUCAAAUCAAAGCAGAAAGACUGUUAGAACAGGGGCAGUUUUUUUUGAGCAAGGCUCACGAUGCUGAUGAAGAAUCUAACAAAAUUAUUCUUGAAACCAGCAAUGAUGAAGCAGAAGAAAUGGUUCUUGACUUGCGUGACCAUUGUUCAAACGUGGCUAUAAGUCUACUGAAGUGUCAUCUUUCUUCUCUUUCUGGCAUUCCAUCAUUCAAGCACCUAAAGGUUAUGAUUGAUGCAAAUGAUAAAGAUAACCCUAAAGGGUGUCGCAGAAGACUACGGGUGUUAAACCUAUUAGAGCAGGAAUCUAUAGCAUGGGUUGAAGGACAAACUAAUGAUGCAAUACUGAUCCCCUUGGCUAACAUAGAGCGGAAGAGUUUGAGUUUUGUCAAAACAUAG